UACACAUCGACUAGAAAUUUAAUACAUCUCUGUAUUUACCUUUAGUCAUGUUACGAGCCGGAAGCACAGUUGCAUGCAUGGCGUGCAGGAACCUGGUCCCUUCAAGAAUCGGGAUAAGGUACCGCCUUCCUCUGCAGAAGCUGCACCCUUUCUCCCGUGCCAUUCACCAUCGCUACUCGGCUAACAGCAACCCUCAGAGACCCCCUCACUGUUCGGCCGCCCGACACUUCACCUCCCUCUCCCGACUCCCUCCGCGGGGCUCCAAGUCCCGGUUUGGCGGCCACGGCUAUCAGCAGCAACGGGGCUUCUGGGUGGCUCGCGUUGCUGCCAGGCUACUGAGGCUCAGAUACAUUCUGCUGGGCUCGGCUGUAGGAGGCGGUUACACUGCAAAGAAGACAUAUGAAGAGUGGAAAGACAUGCUGCCUGAUUUCAGCGAGUACACAUGGGUAGUGCCAGACUUCGUGUGGGAACUGAGUGAACAUAUUGACUUAGAGAAAAUUGCCAAAGCUCUGCCUGAGAUAGAAGAGCUAGCCAAGCUGCUGCCUGACAUGGAGAAGAUUGGAGAGAACUUCACCUUCAUUAAAAGCCUUCUCUCCACUGGUAUUGAUAAUGAAGUGAAAGGAGCUUCUGGGCUGCAUCUGUUGUUAGAAGCUCCAGGUGAACCGACCCUGAAAGCCCCCGACGUACCCCCAGCCGCAGCUGCCGCCACGGCAACGGAGAGCAGCGACAAACAGUUUAAAAAGCAGGGGCUGCUCGGCGAGCUCAUUCUCAUUCAGCAGCAGAUCCAGCAGCACGAGGAGGAAGUCCGGCGGGCGGCGGCCGCCAAUAAUGCGCGGGAUACGCCCCCCACGCCACCCGCUACUCCGCCGCCCCAACCCAGUCCAAGCCCGGCCCCGGCCCCGAACCCGAACCCGAACCCAAGUCCCAGCCCCUCGCAACACAGGCGCAAGUCAUCUGAUAAGGAAAAAAUAGACCAGCUUCAGGAGGAGCUUCUCCGCACCCAGCUCAAGUACCAGCGCAUGUUGGAGCGUCUGGAGAAGGAGAACAAGGAACUGCGGAAAGUCGUCCUGCAGAAGGACGAUAAAGGUAUCCAUCAGAGGAAGGUCAAGAAAUCCCUCAUUGACUUGUACUCUGAAGUGUUGGACAUCCUCUCUGAUUAUGACUCCAACUACAACACCCAGGACCACCUACCCAGGGUGGUGGUGGUUGGAGAUCAGAGUGCGGGGAAGACCAGCGUGCUGGAGAUGAUUGCCCAGGCCCGGAUCUUUCCGCGCGGCUCGGGGGAAAUGAUGACCCGGUCACCUGUCAAGGUCACACUAAGUGAAGGCCCACACCAUGUGGCCAUGUUUAAAGACAGCUCACGAGAGUUUGACCUUGGAAAGGAGGAGGAUUUAGCAGCCCUGAGACAUGAGAUUGAGAUCAGGAUGCGAAAGAGUGUGAAGGAGGGUCAGACUGUCAGCCCUGAGACCAUCUCUCUCAGUGUGAAAGGUCCAGGAAUCCAGAGAAUGGUUCUGGUGGACUUACCAGGAGUCAUUAGUACUGUAACAGCGGGAAUGGCGGCAGACACUAAAGAGACCAUAUUUAGUAUCAGUAAAGCCUACAUGCAGAACCCCAAUGCCAUCAUUCUGUGCAUUCAGGACGGCUCUGUGGAUGCUGAACGCAGUAUUGUCACAGACCUGGUCAGUCAGAUGGACCCUCAGGGGAAGAGAACCAUCUUUGUUCUGACCAAAGUGGACCUUGCCGAGAAGAACCUGGCCAGUCCAAGCCGAAUUAAGCAGAUAAUAGAGGGAAAGCUCUUUCCUAUGAAGGCCCUGGGAUACUUUGCUGUCGUUACUGGCAAAGGCAGCAGUAGUGAAAGUAUUGAUUCCAUCAAAGACUACGAAGAGGACUUUUUCCAGAACUCCAGGCUGCUAAGGGAUGGUAUGUUGAAGGCUCACCAAGUGACCACCAAGAACCUGAGCUUGGCUGUGUCUGACUGCUUCUGGAAAAUGGUCAGAGAGUCAGUGGAGCAGCAGGCUGACGCCUUCAAAGCGUCACGCUUCAACCUGGAGACUGAGUGGAAGAAUAAUUACCCACGUUUACGGGAGUUGGACAGGAACGAGCUCUUCGAGAAGGCCAAGAACGAAAUCUUGGAUGAAGUGAUCAGCCUGAGUCAAGUCACGCCCAAACACUGGCAAUCCAUCCUGCAGAAGAAGUUGUGGGAGAGGGUGUCCACUCAUGUCAUAGAGAAUAUCUACCUGCCCGCUGCUCAGACCAUGAACUCUGGAACCUUCAACACCACCGUGGACAUCAAACUCAAACAGUGGACAGACAAACAGCUGCCACACAAAGCCCUGGAGGUUGCCUGGGAGACGCUACAGGAGGAGUUUGCUCGUUUCAUGGCAGAAUACAAAGGGAAGGACCAGGAUGAUAUCUUUGACAAGCUAAAGGAAGCGGUCAAAGAGGAGAGCAUCAAACGACACAAGUGGAAUGAACGGGCAAUGGACAGCCUGAGAGUAAUCCAGCACAACGCGUUAGAGGAUCGCUCCAUCACUGAUAAACCCCAGUGGGAUGCUGCUAUCCAGUUCAUGGAGGAGACGCUACAGGCACGGCUCAAAGACACUGAUUCAGUGAUAGCUGAUAUGGUGGGGCCAGACUGGAAACAGAGGUGGCUGACCUGGAAGAAUCGCACUCCAGAGCAGCACAUCCGUAAUGAAACCAAAAACGAGCUGGAGCGUUUGCUGAAACUGCAGGAGGACCACACCGCCUACCUGGCCAACGACGAGGUCACAACCGUCCGCAAGAACCUGGAGGCCCGGGGGGUGGAGGUGGACCCAGUUCUGAUUAAGGACACGUGGCAUCAGCUGUACCGUCGUCAUUUUCUGCAGAAAGCUCUCUUUCACUGCAACCUGUGCCGGCGGGGCUUCUACUACUACCAGAGACACUUUGUGGACUCUGAGUUGGAGUGUAACGAUGUGGUACUGUUCUGGAGGAUCCAGAGGAUGCUGGCGAUCACAGCCAACACUCUCAGGCAACAGCUGACCAACACAGAGGUGCGGCGUCUGGAGAAAAAUGUAAAAGAAGUGCUGGAGGACUUUGGGGAAGAUAAUGGAAAGAAAGUCCAGCUCAUCACAGGCAGGAGAGUACAACUGGCCGAGGACCUCAAAAAAGUUCGUGAAAUUCAAGAGAAACUUGAAGCCUUCAUCGAAGCUCUCCAUAAGGAGAAGUAAUGCUACAGAACCAUAUGGGUGUCACUGGAGCCCACACUGAGAAGUGCACUGAUCAAAAUAGAUCCAUUUUGCUUCUGCUCCCUCUGUAAAAGACUUCAUCUCUCUGCUUCAGCCCCUCUGAUCUAAACAUCAGCUGCCACCGCUUUCCACAGUUUCUCUCUCCCUCUCUCUCUCUCUCUCUCUCUCUCACACUCACACACACACACGCACACA